GUCAGUCUAGUCAGGUUAGGGAGGACGAGGGAGCGUCACUCAUUGUCAUCUAUUGGUGGUGGAAUCACCACAUCCUCAUCAUCAUCACCACCACACAUUGUUGUGAGAUGGAUCCCUGCAGGGUGCGCACCUGGGUGUUCCUGGUCCUGCUCUGCCAGGGCACCUCUCGGGCUUCUCAGUUCCCUUCACAGCUCUUGAUCAAAGAAUGGGUUGAUCAAAUGCAGAAAGAGCUGGUCAGCCUGGCAGACACGGCCACAGCCGGCGAGAGUCUAACCCAGAUUUUCCUGAGGAACAAGCACCUCUACACUGUGGAGCAGAAUGACGCAGAGGAGCUUGUGGCCAGAGCCGCCAGGAACAUUGAACAGCUGCUCCACAAGAGGUCUGCAGCCUUGGAGAAACUGGCUACAGCUGCAGAGAACUUCCAGAUGGAGCAUCAGUGGAAAGACGAGUUUGAGGAUGAUGAAAUUGCGUACUACAACUCAAAGGACAACGUAAAUGAUCUGGACGCCAACGAGACGGAGGGGCGGAAAUACCGAAUCCACCCGGACUUUACGGACGACCCGUCCUUUAAGCGCCUGACAGACCACAGUCACACGGCUGUGCACAUCCCCACCGACAUCUACGAUGGCUCUACCAUUGUGCUGAACGAGCUAAACUGGACCGAGGCGCUGGAGGAUGUGUUCAAAAGAAACAGAGAGGAUGACCCCACGCUUCUCUGGCAGGUGUUUGGCAGUGCGACCGGUCUGGCUCGCUAUUAUCCAGCGUCUCCCUGGAUGGAUGCUCGCAAGACUCCCAGCAAAAUUGACCUGUACGAUGUACGCAGGAGACCUUGGUACAUCCAAGGCGCAGCUUCUCCCAAAGACAUGCUGAUCCUGGUGGACGCGAGCGGGAGCGUGUCUGGCUUGACGCUCAAACUGAUCAGGACCUCCGUCAGCGAGAUGCUGGAAACGCUGUCCGACGACGACUACGUCAAUGUUGUUUACUUCAACACGAGGGUGAAGAAAACGGCGUGUUUCGACCACCUGGUCCAAGCCAACGUGAGGAACAAGAAGCUGCUGAAGGACGCGGUGCAGAACAUCACGGCGAAGGGGAUCACAAACUACACAAAGGGCUUUGAGUUUGCUUUCGAGCAGCUCUCAGCGACUAACGUGAGCAGAGCAAACUGCAACAAGAUUAUUAUGCUGUUUACUGACGGAGGAGAAGAACGAGCCCAGGCCAUACUGGAGAAAUACAACGCAGAUAAAAAAGUGAGGAUCUUCACCUUCUCAGUUGGACAGCACAACUAUGACAAAGGACCCAUUCAGUGGAUGGCGUGCUCCAACAAAGGUUACUUCUACGAGAUCCCUUCUAUUGGAGCCAUACGAAUCAACACGCAGGAGUACCUGGAUGUCUUAGGAAGACCCAUGGUUCUGGCGGACAAGCAAGCCAAACAAGUCCAGUGGACAAACGUCUACCUCGAUGCACUGGAACUGGGUCUUGUCAUAACGGGGACACUCCCGGUCUUCAACAAGACCAGGACUAAAGAUGACAGGAACGUCGAGGUGCUGUGGCCUAAACUGCAUCAGAACCAGCUCAUUCUGGGUGUGAUGGGGAUCGACGUGUCUCUCAAUGACAUCAAAAAGCUCACGCCACGUUUCACAAUCGGCCCAAAUGGAUACUACUUUGCCAUCGAUCCAAACGGCUACGUCCUUUUGCACCCUAAUCUCCAGCCAAAGAAUCCUAAAUUCCAGGAGCCUGUGACCCUGGACUUCCUGGAUGCUGAGCUGGAGAACGAUAUUAAAGUGGAGAUCCGGAGAAUGAUGAUCGACGGCGAGACGGGUGAACGCACCAUUCAGACUCUGGUGAAAACUCAGGACGAGAGAUACAUUGAUCGAGGAGUCAGAACUUACACCUGGGGACCGGUCAAUGGAACAGAUUACAGCCUGGCUUUAGCUCUGCCCAAAUACAGCGAACACUUCAUUCAAGCCAAACUGGGCGACGACAUCAAGCAAGCCAUGAUGAUGGAAACCAUCCAGCUGGAGAACUUCGAUGCCUUUGGUUACACCUUCAUCGCUCCACGGGAUUACUGCAAAGAGCUGAAGUUGUCACUCAACAACACCCAGUUUCUCCUCGAAUUCAACCAGUACAUUGAUAGGAACACUCCAGAUGCAUGUAAUGUGUCCCUUGUGAGUCGACUAAUCUUGGAUGCGGGUCUGACAGCUGAGCUGGUUGACUUGUGGAAAGUGCAGAAAGUGAACGGGACCCUGGCCAGGUUUGUGGCCACAGAUGGAGGGAUCACAAGAGUCUUCCCAAGAAGCGCUGGGGAAGAGUGGAUGGAGAACCCCGAGACAUACGAGUCCAGCUUCUACAAAAGAUCCCUGGACAACGAGAUGUACAUUUUCACCGCGCCGUCUUUUAACAUUGCAGCGGACGGCCGGGAGGGUUUGUCGGAGUCCGGUAUUCUUGUCAGCAAGGCCGUGGAACUCACUGUGGAUGAAGUCACACUUAAGCCAGCAGUUGUCGGCGUGAAACUCAACGUCUCAUACUGGAUGAACAGCUUCAUGAACGCCACCAUCAGAGAGAACUGCAAAGAUGAGAUCUGUGGCUGCUUGAGGAACGACAAGCAUGUCGACUGUGUCAUCCUGGACGAUGGUGGCUUUCUCCUCAUGUCCAAUCAGGAGGAUUAUAUUAACCUGAUAGGGCAGUUCUUCGGCGAGGUGGAUCCGGUGCUGAUGAUCAACUUGGUCAACACCUCUCUCUACUCCUUCAACAAGACCUACGACUACCAGUCUGUUUGUGACCCGGAGAAAGACAGCAAGGCUGCCGCGGGGCCUCGCUCGUUCUAUGUGCCAACCAUAGCAGACGUGCUCAGUGUUGGCUGGUGGGCCUCCAGUGCUGCCUGGUCCAUACUCCAGCAGCUCUUCUAUGGCCUCAUAUUCCCCAACCUUCUGGAGGCAGCGGAGUCGGGUGACGAGGACAUCUCAGACGCCAUGUUUAAAGAAAGCUGCAUCACAGAGCAAACGCAGUACUUCUUCGACAACGACGAAAGGUCCUACUCAGGAGUCCUCGACUGUGGAAACUGUUCAAGAAUGUAUCGUGCAGAGAAGCUACCCAACACCAACCUGGUGUUCCUAAUCACCGAUGCCAAGGCAACGUGUUUGUCAUGCGACACCAGGCCGUUACGACAAGCCGAACAACCCUCUGAGGGUCCAGAUCCAUGUGAGCUGGCCCAGAAUCCAAGGUACCGCAAAGGACCGGAUGUGUGCUUUGACAACAACGAAAAUGAAGACGAUUCUGAUUGCGGUGGAGGGACCUGCCUAAGCCCGAGUCUCUGGGCCAUGCUCGCGCUCCAACUGCUGCUCUUGUGGCUCAGCACACCUUUACAAAGCUCAUGACGCCUACAAACGCCAACGCACGCAGCGCAAAGACACUGAGCAUGAAGAGGAAACCAGGUCAUGAGAGCGCUCACACAAAAGUGAUCGUGUUAUCCCACAAAGUAGAGGCCAUGAGGUGGGAGCCCGCCCGGGACGGGUAUGCCGAUGAUUUCGAAUGUGGUGUUGUUGUUGUUUCCCAACGCGGUAUUGGCGUCUUCGUUUCCCGAUGCCAAAGGUUUCUCAGUUAUUUUCCGCAUUUCAUUUUCCACGUUAUAAGUCUGCUCAGAUGUUUUCAUGCUAUGUCCCAAAAGCACUAACCAAACCCUUUAAUUCUGCCUUGUUUCUUUUGCAGACGUUAAAAUCCACUAAGCCAAUGGAAUAU